AGAUGAGUAAAGCAAGUGCUAAGCGAUUAAGAAAGUUUUUCUAUAAACUCACAAAGAGGCAAGAAAUGUCAUGCUUUUGCUAAAUUUCAAAUGUGAAUUUUCUCGUCUAUUAAAGCGCAACAUUUGGCCAAGAACAUUUUAGUUUGGUGAACUGCACAAAACAUGUCGGUGUGAGUCGUUCGGGACUAAAAGUGGUUGUAAAUAGAAAAAUUAAAGAAAAAAAAUAUUAUAUUAGCACUAAAUAAGGCUUAUAAAAAUGAUUAUCAAAAAUCCGAACAAUAUUUUCAUACCCGAUUAUUUGAAUGAGGGCUUCUUCGUGACCGCGCUCGAGGAAGGUUUGCGUGAAAUCCACCUAACAGUUAAUAAAGUAACCUUCGAAUGGGGCACUAAUCCCGGUGAUAAUUACUGCUCACGCAUAUAUCGCGUUUCAGUGGUCUAUGAGCGUCAAGUUGACGAUGAUGAGCCGCCGGUACAAGAGCAACGGUCGUUAAUCGUCAAAACUAUACCGAUUACUAAAGACACACGUUUCCUCGAAGAUGUAGGUGCAUUUAUUAAGGAAAAAUUGACUUACUUAGACAUAUUGCCACGGCUACAAAUACUUGUGGAUGGGCCGAAAUUCGGUGCCACCUGCCUAUAUGCAGUCAAAGCACCUACUCGCACCAUUGUGCUUACUGACUUGAAACCCGAAGGUUUUAUGGUUGCCUCGCGACAAGAACAGCUCGAUUGGGCACACUGUGAAUUGAUCUUGCAACAAACGGGACGCCUGCAUGCCACUUCAAUGGUUUUAGCCCAGAGAGAUACCGACAUCACCAAGCGCAUUGUCGACGGUAUGCUGUGCAAGAAGUCUAUAUUAAAUAGUGAUGCUUUUAAAAAUUUGGCUGGCAGUAGCUUAAAGCACCUGGCCAACAAUGCAGCCGAAUGGCCCGGUUUCGAAAAGAUCGCACAGAAAUUGCACCAUUUCCACGAUAAUUUCAAGCCCAUAUGCGCACAUUUAGCGGAUCCGCGUGAUGGCGAUCGUAUCGUUGUGAUGAAUCACGGUGAUCUCUGGACAACAAAUUUCAUGUACGCCUAUGAUGAUCCCAAGCAACCCGAGAAGCCAACGCGCGCUAUUUUUGUCGAUUUCCAACUUAAUUUCUAUGGCAGCCCUGGUUGCGAUCUUAACUUCUUUCUCAACACAAGUGUACGUCUGAAUUUGUUGAAGGAACGACGCGAUGAUCUCAUAAAUGUAUAUUAUAAAACAUUCAAGGAGACAUUGGAAUUCCUUCAUUACGAGAAUAUACCAACUUUAGAAGAUUUAAAGUACGAAUUGCGCUCGCGUGAACUUUAUGGACUUUUCGCUUUGUUCGGUUUUCUGCCCUUAGUUACUAUGCCAAAGGAAUUAUCCGAAGAUAACAGUAUUGAAAAUUUGGUAAAUGAGGAGUUCGCCCGUCUAAAGUACAAAAAAGUGUUUGCACAAAAACGCUUACAAGCCCAGCUAAAGUAUGGACUCAAGCGCUUGGAGGAUAUGGGUGUGUUGGACGAGUUUUAAUAUCAAUUUAAUUUUUAGUAAAACUUCAUUCUGGGUACUGUAAGCAUGUAAAUAUGUAUGUAUAUAUUAACAUAGGAUAUAGAAAAUUUAAGUGAAAUCUUGAGUCAUGAUCCGAAUAAAGAAUUACUUAUGCUAUGUCUACAAGUAAUUUCACCUAAAACAUGUAUUUUGUGUAAGCAAAUAAAAUAAAUAAACAAAAAUUUGUCUCUGUACAGUUAAUACUUUGCAAUAGUGAAAUA